UCUCCUAAAAAUGGAGAGGGGAGUGCGAGGGUGUCACUAUGUAAGGUGGGCUCCAGUGUCUGGCUGUCACAAAGCCGCUCGCUCUCCUCCAUGCAAGCCCUCAGUCUCCUGUUGUGGGGGGCCCUUCUCGCCCUUUGUGGGGCUGAAGAUGGGCUCCGCUUCCCCUCCUAUGAUGGAAGGGACCGCGUCCUGGAACUGAGCGACAGGAACUAUCGUCAGGUGAUGAAGAAAUACGACGUCUUCUGCGUCUACCUGUGCGAGAGCCCGGCGCCUGGUGACAAGAUCGCACAGAGACAGGCCCACCUGACCGAGAUGGUGCUGGAGUUGUCAGCGCAGGUUCUGGAGAAGAAAGGUGUCGGCUUCGGGCUUCUAGAUUCAAAGAAAAAUUCAAAAGUGGCCAAGAAACUCGGGUGCACAGAGGAAGAAAGCCUGUAUGUCUUCAAAGAGGACAAUGUCAUAGAGUUUGAUGGACAGCUGGCGGCUGAUGUGCUUGUGGAUUUUCUCCUGGAUCUGAUCGAAGACCCUGUGGAGAUCAUCAAUGAUAAAGCAGAGCUGAAGGCCCUCGAUAGAUUGGAGGAAGAAACUAGAGUCAUUGGAUUCUUCAAGGAUGAAACUUCAGAAUGUGAGUAUGAGAGG